AUGUCCAAAUUAACAGAUCAAAAAGAUCUUUCUUCAUUGUCCUCUAACCAUAAAAGUAAAAAGAAAAAUGGACUUAUGCGAAAUGAUGAUAAUGACAGUGGUGAUGAUUUAGUGAAAGGAACUCUUGAUAUUGAAUACGAAGAAGAUGAACUAGAGAAAGACUGGUCUGAAGUCAUCAAAUUAAAUAAGAAAAAUUUGCAAAUGAUCAUACCAAAACGUGGGGAGAAGGAUUAUGAACCAGACGGCACUGAUAUUCAAGAACUAUUGUUAUAUAAGGCAAGAAAGGCCAUGUUUGACGCACUGUCUAAUUCUGUAAGAGGAACUACAAUAAAACAUCAAGUAAAAGCAGUCUAUGAUUUUGAUAAGCAUAAAGCUUUGGUACUCAAUCCUAAAGGUGCUUUUCUUCAAACCAUGGGUCAUAUAACUAAUAAUGGCGAAUUUUGGUUGGAUUUUAUGGAAUUUUUGUACUUAGCCGAACGUGGAACCAUAACUCCAUAUUGUUUAAAAUCAAAUUCAAUGAAUCUCAAUCAAUUACUGCCCUCGAUUGAUGAUCACAACUUAUUACCAUUAAGUAUCGAAGAUAUUUACGCAUUUUUUAAAACACAAAGAGAGAUUGAUGAGUUUUCUGUUUACAGUCAUUUAAAAAGACUAGGCUUCAUUAUCACUAAAGUUGAGGAUGACGAUAAUGACAAUAAUAAAAUUACAUUUUCCCCUAAGGUCGGACCAUUCAAAUCUAUCUGUGGUUAUCAACUUCAUUCUCUAUUUAAACAAAUCACAUCUUUAUUUGUUUCACAUAAAAAUAAUCUUUUCAAUGGUUUAUUUUAUAAUCCAUCGCAUUACAAGUAUAUUAAAUACACAUCAACCCCACAGAUUUACAAUAAUUUAAAACUUUUAAUUCCACAUGUAGAGGUGCCUAAAACUCUUCUGGAAUUACAACACAGAAAACAAAGUUAUCUGCUCAAUAAAAAUAAAAAUCAUUCAAAUAAUCCCCUAAAAUUGACAUUUAACGUUUGGAAACCACAAACUAACUAUAAGAAGAAGAUCCCUGAAUUGCCUGAUUACCAAAUAGUGGUUUACAAUAAAAAUGAUAAUAAACAACAUUUCCCAACAAAUGAUGAUUUAAAAAAUAUCUUUGAUUCUUUAAAUUACAAAUUUGAAUUCCUAGAUAAAUCAAAAAAAAAUGCUGGUACAAUCAAUUGGGAUGAUCAUUCUUAUAUAAACGGGAUUCCAAGAUCAGCCAUACUAUCUAAGAAUCAGAAGAAAAAAAUCACUAAUUCGCAAUCAGAGACAAUAAAUAAUAUAAAGGAGGAGAAACGUAAAACAUUGAGGAAACAACCAUCAUCAUCAGUUUCUUCUUCCACCCCGGCACAUAUAAAACAGAUUAAAAGACUUAAAAAUGGUUAUAGGUCGUUUAUAUUAGCUGUAAUGGAUAAUGGUAUUAUCAGUUUUAUCAAAAUAUCUGAAGCAGAUUUUGGAUCUGAAGAUGUUUGGUACGUUCCAACUGUUCAGGCAAAAAAGAUAAAAAAACCACAAUAUCAAUAUAAGAAAAGAAACAUUAUGAAACAAAGCAACACAGACCAAAAAGUUUAG